GCGCAGACCUCUGUCAUUUAUUUAUUUUUCUUUCCACUGGGUGCGCUGUCCCUUUAAAUGGGGACGCUGGUGCUGGCUCCGUAACCGCGGAGCCGGCAGCUUGUUGAUUUCAGAGCUGGUGAAUUUCACAUUGUUUCCACUUCACUUUCCUCGCUCCGAGGGAGGCUCGGUAGGCUCCACGACCGCUGUCGCCGCGGCCGGCUAGGGCCGGGGGAGGACAGGGACCUGCAGCAUCCAGGCCGGUGUGGGGCCGCAGGGUAGGGUGUCGGGGCCACACACGCACCCUCGCUGCAGUCAGCUGCUGCCGAAGCCGGGACGCCCGGGGCGCACCGAGCCGGGACCGCCCGCCUAGACGCCAGCCCGCCCACGGGCCGGGGCCGCAGCCAGGGAGCCGGCGAGGGGAGGAGGCCCGGGGGGGGCGGGGUGGGGGGCGGGGGUGGGUGCCGCCGCCGCCGCGGAGCUGCUACUCGGCGCGUUUUGCAUGAAGAUGGCGGCUCCCACCGCCAGCAAGGCAGCCUCCCUGGGCUGUAACAACAAGCCAGCGUUCCCGGAGCUGGAUUUCAGGUCAGGAGCUCGGGUGGAGGAAUUGAACAAACUCAUCCAAGAAUUCACGAAGCACGACCAGCGGGAAUACGACGACCAGAGAGCGCUGGAGAUUCACACAGCCAAGGAUUUCAUCUUUUCCAUGCUGGGAAUGGUGCAAAAGCUGGACCAAAAACUUCCAGUGGCCAAUGAGUACCUGUUGCUCUCUGGGGGAGUCCGGGAAGGCGUGGUGGACCUGGACUUAGAUGAGCUUAACGUGUAUGCCCGAGGGACAGACUAUGAUAUGGACUUCACUCUUCUGGUGCCAGCCCUUAAGCUACAUGACCGUAAUCAGCCUGUGACACUCGAUAUGCGCCACUCAGCCCUGUGCCACUCUUGGCUGAGCCUCCGGCUCUUUGAUGAGGGGACAAUCAGUAAGUGGAAAGACUGCUGCACCAUCGUGGAUCACAUCAAUGGUGCCACCAAUUACUUCUUCUCCCCAACCAAAGUGGCGGACUGGUUCUAUGACUCCAUCAGCAUUGUCCUGUCAGAGAUCCAGAAGAAACCCCAGCGAGGGAUGCCCAAGGUGGAAAAGGUAGAAAAGAACGGGACCAUCAUCUCCAUCAUCCUGGGCGUGGGGAGCAGUCGCAUGUUGUAUGAUAUUGUCCCUGUGGUCUCUUUCAAAGGCUGGCCCGCUGUGGCCCAGAGCUGGCUCAUGGAGAACCACUUUUGGGAUGGGAAGAUCACCGAGGAAGAGGUCAUCAGUGGGUUUUACUUGGUGCCUGCUUGCUCCUACAAGGGCAAGAAGGACAAUGAGUGGCGGCUGUCCUUCGCCAGGAGCGAGGUACAGCUGAAGAAAUGCAUCUCUGGUAGCCUCAUGCAGGCCUACCAGGCCUGCAAAGCCAUCAUCAUUAAACUCCUGUCCCGGCCCAAGGCGAUCAGCCCCUAUCACCUGCGGAGCAUGAUGCUUUGGGCCUGUGACAGACUUCCUGCUAACUACUUGGCCCAAGAAGACUAUGCAGCCCACUUUUUGCUGGGACUCAUUGAUGACCUACAACACUGUCUGGUCAACAAGAUGUGCCCCAAUUAUUUCAUCCCUCAGUGCAACAUGCUGGAGCACCUGUCGGAGGAGACCGUGAUGCUCCACGCGCGGAAGCUCUCCUCCGUGCGCUCAGACCCGGCCGAGCACCUGCGCACCGCCAUCGAGCACGUCAAGGCGGCCAACCGGCUGACGCUGGAGCUGCAGAGGCGGGGGAGCACCACCAGCAUCCCCUCCCCGCAGUCCGACGGAGGGGACCCCAACCAGCCCGACGACCGUUUGGCCAAAAAACUGCAGCAGCUGGUGACUGAGAACCCGGGGAAGUCCAUCUCUGUCUUUAUUAACCCUGAUGAUGUCACGAGGCCCCAUUUCAGAAUCGAUGAUAAAUUUUUCUGAGCAUUC